CCGGGCUGGAAAACAAACCGGGACCCGGCUGAUCAGAACCUGAUCAGAACCCUUUCUGAUCAAUAAGUGAUCACCAGAUGAUGCUGGUGGUGCAUGUGCAGCUGGAGUUUAGUGUAAACAUGGAGGUUCCUGCGAGGUUCUGGUGAUAUAACUGGACUCUGACUGGUCCUGGUCUGCAGUUCUGGUUCUGGUCUGGUCCCCAGCUGCGGGUCCAGUACCUGGUCCAGUACCCGGUCCUGCAGGAGGACCCGGGUUGACUUGUUCCCGCCCUGAACAGGAGCUGAGAGCCGUGUCGGUGGAGGAGCGGGUCCGGUUCCGGUCCCCGGUCCCGAGGCUGCGGGUUCGAGCCCCGUUCCCGGUCCCGGUCCCUGCUGCAGUUGGGCCUGGGUCCGAAACCUGGUCCUCGAACCUGGACCUUUUACUGCGUCCUGAGAGACAAGCAGACCCCUGAACAGGUGAGCCCACCAGCCCCACCAGCAGCCCCACCAUGAGCUCCCGGGUGUGCGGGACCUGCGGGGGGUCCGACAUCGACGUGGACCAGGCCCGGGGCAGCGCCGUGUGCACCAGCUGCGGCUCGGUUCUGGAGGACAACAUCAUCGUGUCUGAGGUCCAGUUUGUGGAAGGAAGCGGAGGAGUGUCGUCUGCCGUGGGACAGUUCGUGUCUUCUGAUGGUCCAGUGAAAGCCCCCCUCCUUGGUUCUGGCUUCCACACCAGCGUGGGGAAGGAGUCCCGGGCUCAGACGCUGCAGAACGGGAAGCGUCAGAUCCAGCAGCUGGGCAGUCAGCUGCAGCUCAACCAGCACUGCCUGGACACGGCCUUCAACUUCUUCAAGCUGGUGGUCAGCAAACACCUGACUCGAGGACGCAAGUCGGAGCACGUCAUCGCCGCCUGCCUCUACCUGGUGUGCCGCACGGAGGGGACUCCCCACAUGUUACUGGACCUGAGUGACCUGCUGCAGGUCAACGUGUACAUCCUGGGGAAGACCUUCCUGCUGCUGGCCCGAGAGCUCUGCAUCAACGCGCCCGCCAUCGAUCCCUGCCUGUACAUCCCCCGCUUUGCUCACAUGUUGGAAUUUGGGGCGAAGACUCAUGAGGUGUCCAUGACAGCUCUUCGUCUUGUUCAGAGGAUGAAGAGGGACUGGAUGCACACAGGGCGCCGGCCCUCGGGACUCUGUGGAGCAGCUCUCCUGGUGGCAGCGCGGAUGCACAAGUUUCGUCGUUCAGUGAAGGACGUUAUCAGUGUGGUGAAAGUCUGCCAGACCACUUUGAGGAAGAGGUUAACUGAGUUUGAGGACACGCCCACCAGUCAGCUGACCAUCGAUGAGUUCAUGAGAGUGGAUCUGGAGCAGGAAUGUGACCCCCCCUCCUUUACUGCUGGACAACACAAGACCAAGAUGCAGCAGCUGGAGAACGAGCUGGCGAAGAAGCUGGAUGAGGUGGAAGGAGAGAUCAGCUGCUACAAGGACGAGAUUGAGACGGAGCUGGAGAAGAGUCGACCCAAACUGAGAGGGAUCUAUGCUGCCUACGCCAAGGAGAUGGACCCAAACGAUGACAAGGUUCAGUCUUCAGCCUCUGAGGCCGAGGAGCUAGAGGCUGAAGACCCUGAGCUCCAGGCAGCCACCCAGCACCUGACCCAGGACUUCCUGUGUCAGGUGAUCCAGGAGGAGGGCGGGGGCAGGAAGGUGGGUGAGGGCCUCCUCAGCCAGGACGCUGAGUCAGAGAAAGCGGGGGUGGAGCCAUGCGGUCAGGUCGCCCCUCUGUCCGCCAUCCUGGGACAGCUGCCCAGCGCCACCAUCCUGGGACAGCUGCCCAGCGCCACCAUCCUGGGACAGCUGCCCAGCGCCACCAUCCUGGGACAGCUGCCCAGCGCCACCAGCCUGGGACUCCAGGACACCUUCAAGACCUUGAACCAGUUGGAAGCAGAUGAACCUUCGGAGGGUGGAGAACUGGACCUGGAAGGUAUUGAUGAUCAGGAGAUCGAUAAGUACAUCCUGAACGACAACGAGGUGGAAGUGAAGACGGAGCUCUGGAUGAAGGAGAACGCAGAAUAUCUGAAGGAGCAGAAAGAGAAGGAGGAGAGGAUAAACAAAGAGAAGGAGCAGGGGACCUACAAGGAGAAGAAGAAGAAGAAGUACAAGAAGCGGGAGCAGAUCCAGGCGUCCACGGCUGGAGAAGCCAUUGAGAAGAUGUUGGAGAAGAAGAAGAUCUCCACAAAGAUCAACUACGAUGUUCUGAGAGACCUGAACAAGGGGACCGGCAGUCCUAGCACCACGUCCACCGAGCCUCCUGAAACCACCGGCACACGGAAACGCAUCAACCGCCGGCGCCGCAGGAAGACCAGCGAGGCCAACCGAGACCUGGCUGCUGACGCCACCAUCAUAGGGAAGAGGUUCCGCCGCCUCAUUUCCUCCUCGCCAAGGAAGAAGAAGGCCCCUCCUCCGCUGGACGUCGCCGUCACCGCGGCAACAGAAACAACAGCAGAUGCAGCGGCCGAGGAUCCUGAUCCUGUCGUAGAUAUAAGUCCCGCCCCCCCAGCUCCGCCUCCUGUGGAGGAAGAGGAAGAGGAGGAGGAGGUGGAGUUGGAGGUGGAGGUGGAGGAAGAGUGUGUGAGCGCUCUGCAGCUCGUAGGAGAUUACGGCUGUGAGGCAGAAGAGGAAGAAGUCUUUUAGCUCCGCCCCCUGAUACGUCCAGUGCACUGAUGAAUGUCCCACAGAUCAAUAGCAUUAUUACUGAUAAAAGCAUCGCUGCACUCUGGAUUUGGAUGCUUUUGAACUUUAGCAAGAGAUUACAUUGUUUUGUAUCAGUAAGUGUUUUCAUUGAUCUGUGAUGUUUGUAAAUUUUUGUACCAUUGAAGCAGCUUUUUGUGUGUGUGUGUGUGUGUGUGUGUGUGUGUGUGUGUGUGUGUGUGUGUGUGUGUGUGUGUG